UACAGUAUUUUCAUCAGUUUUGGGAAGACAUAAGAAUUCUUUCAUUGAGCAUGUAUUCUGCACUUGUUGGUAAAUUUCUGGAGGAGCAUAAAGAGCAGUUCCACCACAUCGGCCUGGAGCUAUGGAAAAAUCCGGAGCUGCUGUUUCAAGAGCAUUUUGCUCACCAGCUGUUAACGGAUUACCUGGAACGAAAUGGUUUUGCAGUACAGCGGGAAUAUGCCGGAUUGACGACGGCUUUUCGUGCGGAGAUCGCCACCGCUAACUACAUUACGGGAUGUGAAUCGCAUCCUACGGUGGCGAUUCUGUGCGAGUACGACGCGCUGCCGCAGAUCGGGCAUGCCUGUGGACAUAAUUUGAUCGCUGAAGUCGGAGUUGCUGCUGCCUGUGCAGCUCGGCAUGUGCUUCUGCACGCAGAAUGGAGCAAAUCGCCAGCGAAGAUAGUAGUCCUGGGUUGCCCGGCAGAGGAAGGCGGCGGAGGAAAGAUUACGCUGAUUAAUAACGGUGCUUUUCGUGAUAUCGAUUUUGCUUUGAUGAUACAUCCCCAUUAUUCGGAUGUUCUAUACGUUGCAACGUUGGGAAUUGAGCGGGUGAUUGUCAGAUAUACCGGAAAGGCCAGUCAUGCGUCCUGUGGUCCUUGGGACGGUAUAAACGCCCUGGAUGCCGCCAUAUCUGCUUACAAUUCUGUCAGUUUACUCCGACAGCAAAUGAAGCCGGACUGGAGGGUACAUGCGAUCAUCAGUGGAUGCUCCGAAGCAGUUAACGUUAUUCCGGAGAAUUCAGUUUCUGAAUACUAUAUAAGAUGUUUGCUACCGGAAGAUUUGCCUAUAUUAAAAGAAAAAGUUACCCGCUGUUUCGAGAGUGCUGCACUGGCAACAGGUUGUAAAUUAAGCCUGGAAUGGGAUCCGAUGCGCUAUUUGCCACUUCGAUCCAAUCAUGUUUUAGCCGAUAUAUUUGGCCGCUUUGCAAAAGAUGAAGGUAUUGUUUAUGAGCCGGAUCCCGGCUUGAUGGGAUCGUCAGACAUUGGCAAUGUAUCCAAUGUUAUACCGACCAUCCAGCCCAAAGUCUCUUUGGGCAAAUUGGCCUUGAUUCAUACCAAAGAAUUUGCUACCCUGGCUGGAUCUCCAGAUGCUCAACCGUAUGCUCUCCGGGCAGCGAAAAUCAUAGCCCUUACAACUUUGGAGUUAUUUGACAGUCCAGGGCUACGCGCCGCUGCUCAAAAGGAAUUUAACAUGGCAUUUAAGAAAAUUCCUGAUGAACCCGAAAUUUGAAAAAUCUUAACAUGAAAAGUUUACUCUUGCUUUCUUGUUUAGCAUUUCUUGUUAUUUGAAAACUGAGACUGUGUCAUUUGGAUAAACACCGAGGUGUUAUGGUUUGCCACUUCGACCAAUAAAAUCAGGGUCUAUA